GUUGUUGGUUCAACUCACAUGCCUUUCCAAUUCCAUUCCAUUCCUUUAACCUACACAUCACACAACAAAUAAAUUCCUGAACAUAAAGAUAUUUUUUGAUACCUGCAAUUUCCACACGAAAUUUCUACGCGAAAUUUUCAGAAAAUGGCCGGAGAAACAGAGCAGCUGACGUUGCUUAGUGAUCUGAAUAAUAUUGGAGGUGGCGAGUUCGAGUCGGGAUACUGCCUGAAUGAAAAACCUAUUCUGCCUCCAGUGAUGACUGACUGGAAGAGACUGGAAAUGAUGCGGCUGCGCUUGUGCGCCUUGACCAAGGAGGUGGUCCAGAAGAGAAACCAGUUUACAAGUCCUGAACGGAGGGAUGCAUCUACCAAUACAAAAUCGCAACCAGGAUUUGGUCCUCCGGUCAUAAUGGGACGCUUCCGCCAAAGAUUACAGCAAUCGGAGACGAUGAUCUAUGAUCACACAGCCGACAUGGCCAUGCAGAUGUCUGCUCCGCCAUGCAAGCCAAUUGGGAUGACUACUCAGCUGGUACUGGAGGAUGCUUCUCUGACUCCACCGCAAAGAGUGGUUGUCACGCUGAGACCCGUGAAGUUGGCCACAGCAAAGAGUGGUUGGGUGACCAAGUUGGAUCCCCCGAAGGCGGAGAACACCAAGCCAACGGAGAAUGUCCUGGAGCCACUUCAUCGGAGCUCCACAAGUCCUGAUCUUUCGAAGCUUCAUCAUCAACUGUGGCGAAGAGAUCUGGUGCAAAUUCCCAAGUCACAGUUUACUUUGCCUGUAAAAUGUGAGCAGCAACCCAAUAAGCCUACAACAAGCAGGAGUCCCAGUCGAAUCCCGAAACUGAUUACCAGCCAAGUGGCCAACAGUGGCAAUGUCACCAAAACCCAGAGUGCCUACCAAGCCCGACGCUCCUAUGACGCCAAAGUGGCUGCCAAACGAAAAAUUCUGGUGAGCAGAGGCCAGAUUUCCGCAGUCAAACAGAAACCUCCGCUUGAUACCAGCCUCUUGAAUGUGCCAAAAAGCAUCAGGACUCCGGUGCCGGUCAAUAAAAGACCUGGAUAUAAGCAGGACGAACUGCAAAUUCAGAAGAACCUCUUCAAGUCCUUGGUUCUUCGCCAGGCUGAGGAAAACAGGCUGAUCCAAGCCAAAAUGCAACAGGAGCACCAGGGUCUCAUCGCUACCAUGAUGAACGAUCUCAACAACGCCGUCGAGAUCUCGAACGAUUAUAAGUCAAUGGAGAGGGCAUUGCACCUGGACUCUAGCACCUCCAGUGAUCCCAGCCAGAACUGAUCAGACAAUAUGGAGAUGCGCUUUCAAAAUUCUUAAACGUUCACCCGGGAACGGAAUAGGACGAUAGCAGAGAACAAGAGGAACGGACGGGAAAACAUAUUACCCAAUCCUCCGCCAGGAAUUUUCCAUUCGGUGGCCUCUUUAAUUUGAAUUGGAAAUUCUUGAUUGGAGCAUUUUGAAUUGAAGCAGCAAUCGAAUCGACUUUUCAGCUCACGCAAGAACUGUAUUUUUCCGUGGGGGUUCUACAAAUCAGUUUGUAUUGCCGUGUAUAUUAUUCAGAGGAUUAUUCGAAGUCCAUGAUGUUCUCCUCCUUUUCAAUUUCACCAUGGUGUUGCAAUAAUUAUCUAGUCCAUACAUCUGU